UACACGUGCUUACUGCGCAGGCGCAGAAGCACAGUCACGUUGUUAUUCAUUCAUGUGUGACCGACCGGCCACGCAAGAAGACAGUGCGGCAAGGCGAUUGAGCGCAGAUAAGUCAACAAACUGAUAGAUUUUGCCUUUAUUAGUUUGCAGUCACCACAGCAGUACAGUGCAGGCAUCAUGGCUGGCAUACUUCAUCGGACAAUCGGCGGUGCCUUGGUCCGACUCGCAAGUCAAGGAAGCAAGCACAGCCUGAUCCGGUGUCUCUCCACAACGCCACCCCAGCGGCAAGAUUUUGGCAGUCUACCAAGCCUGGAUAAUCCCAGGGUCCUCAUAACGGGAGCUUUGGGGCAGCUGGGACAGGGUCUGGCCAAAGUAUUGCGGAACAAGUACGGUCGGGAUAACGUCAUCAUGUCAGAUAUUAUCAAACCUCCAAAGCACAUUCUUCAGAGCGGUCCCUAUUAUUUUGCGGAUGUUCUGGACUUCAAGAAUCUACAGCAGUUGAUUGUCAACGAGCGCAUUGAUUGGUUGGUUCACUUCAGUGCGCUGCUCAGUGCUGUUGGGGAGCAGGAUGUGCCUUUGGCCAUCAAGGUCAACAUACAAGGUCUGCACAACGUCAUGGAGCUUGCCAAGAUGUACCAACUACGCAUCUUCUGCCCGAGCACCAUCGGGGCUUUCGGGCCGGAAUCGCCGCGCAAUCCCACACCAGAUGUGACCAUUCAGCGACCACGGACGAUUUACGGAGUGUCCAAAGUUCACGCCGAGCUGCUGGGAGAGUAUUAUCACCACCGAUUUGGAGUUGACUUCCGUUCCUUAAGGCUUCCCGGUGUCAUAUCCGGAGACACGACGCCUGGGGGUGGAACAACAGACUACGCUGUGCAGAUCUUCGAUGAAGCCCUGACGUCGGGUUCCUUCAAGUGCUACCUGAAGCCCGACACCAUGCUGCCCAUGAUCUACAUCGACGACUGCCUGCGCGGUGUGGUGGAGAUGCUGGAGGUUCCGCAGGAGAAGUUGGCCCUGCGGACGUACAACAUUGCCGCCGUCAGCUUCACCCCGGAGGAGCUUGCCACCGAGCUCAGGAAGGUCGUCCCUCAACUCGACGUCAUUUACGAGCCCGAUUCACGACAGGAUAUCGCCGAUUCCUGGCCGCAGCGAUUCGACGACUCUGGAGCGAGGACAGACUGGGGUUGGACCCACCACUAUGACCUGGACGCCCUGAUCAGUGUCAUGCUGGAGGUCGUAGGUCAACGGCUCGGCGUGUCGACACGGACUAAAGCGACGGCCAAUAAAACAAGGUAGAACUCCAAUCGCAGCUAUUUAUUUUAUACAAGGUGGAACUAUGCCAGGAUUGUACAUUGAAUAUUUGGAUAUGCACAAGGAUAUUAUUAGCAUGAUAGUGUUAGAGCCUGCGACUGUUGCAUGACGCUCUAACAAAAUUGUAAGUAGGAUUAUAUUUUGUAGUAUUUUAAUCUGGCUUGGUCUCGGACUUGAAAAAGAGUGGAUUUUUAAAAAAUAUUUGCGCAAAUGCAUUUCAAGAUUUCCGACAAAUUGGAUAUUUGUGCAGCUAGCCAAAGCUAGUUUCCAUGCAGUGGGAUUUGAGACGCUUCAAAUGGAGAUUUUACGGUCUUUGAACUUUUGCAAUAUAUUAAACAAUGUCACGAUCCUUUCGAGAAUUAUUUUUGGUCGCUACCAACCAGUGUUUAGCAGGGAGAAAGUUGAAUUUUGUUCAGGGUCUCCGGCCCAUUGCCAUGAAAAGGGUAGGACUCGCAAAAAGCUUGCCAAACAUGCAUUGACACAAAGUGUACUUGUAGAGUGCUGGAGCAUUGAAUUGUGGUCUGGAGCAUUGAAUUUGUGGUCUGCGGGUAAUUCUGCAGGGUGUGGGUUCGAGUCCAGCCUGGGGUCAUGGUGCGUGUGCCCUUUGACAAGGCACUUUGUCAC